AUGCGUGUCUUAAGGCAGCGGCAAAAUACAGGCGUUAUAAGUGCGAAACGACAGCGGACAGCCCGCCCGCCACAGGCUAUGAGCUGCCCCACACCGCCCUUCCACAGCACUCCUCCCUGCGGCGCCGGCAAAGCGAGGGCCGCCCCCCGGGGCGCGCUGGGACGGACCCUGCCGCAGCCGGCGCCCGUCGCCGUCCAGGUCACGGUGCUGGGGACGCCUGCGGAAGAACAAGGAGGAGGCAAAAUAGACCUGAUAAAGGCUGGAGCGUUUGAGGGCCUGGAUGUGGUUUUUAUGGCACACCCCUCGCAAGAGAACGCGGCUUACCUGCCCGAUGUGGCUGAGCACGAUGUGACUGUGAAAUACUAUGGAAAAGCUUCUCAUGCUGCUGCUUAUCCUUGGGAAGGAGUUAAUGCAUUAGAUGCUGCUGUUCUUGCAUACAACAAUCUGUCUGUUUUAAGACAGCAAAUGAAACCGACCUGGAGAGUUCAUGGUGUAAUAAAAAAUGGUGGUGUGAAACCUAACAUCAUUCCUUCUUACACUGAACUAGAGUUUUACUUGCGUGCCCCUUCAAUGAAAGAUCUUUCUGUUCUGACAGAGAAGGUUGAGAACUGCUUCAAAUCCGCAGCGCUGGCCACAGGAUGCAAAGUGGAAAUAAAAGGUGGUGAAAAUGAUUACUACAAUGUGCUUCCAAAUAAGAGCCUCCAGAAAGUUUACAAGGAGAAUGGAAAGCAGCUUGGAAUAGAGUUUAUAUCAGAAGAUUGUAUCUUGAAUGGUUUGUCAGGUUCCACGGACUUUGGAAAUGUUACAUUUGUAGUCCCUGGGCUUCAUCCUUAUUUUUAUAUUGGCUCUGAUGCAUUAAAUCAUACUGAGCAGUACACAGAAGCUGCAGGGUCACAGAAUGCUCAGUUCUAUGCUUUGCGCACAGCAAAAGCUUUGGCAAUGACAGCACUGGAUGUAAUUUUCAAGCCAAGUCUGCUAGAAGAAGUCAGGGAAGACUUUAGACAGGUGAAGCUAAAGGAAGAGGGGCAAAUCCAGUAG